AUGAUGACAAAUGACACAGGAAACCAAUUUUCUGGGCUCAAUUAUAAUGAAGAAAGAAAAAAGCAGUUGGUGGAGAAUGAGUGUUUGGAAGGUAAUGAGAUAGUUACAAAGGAUGUUGUUGAAAGUGAAUUGCACAUUGGAGUACCCAUUGAAGAUGAAACAUCUAUGCCAGUGAUUGGAAUGAAGUUCCAAAAUUACGACAAAGUGUUUGAAUUUUACAAAAAAUAUGCCGCUCGUGUGGGUUUUCCAGUUAGAAAGAGAAGUGCAAGGAAAGACAAAGACGGUAUCAUAAAAAAUGCAAUGUUUACUUGUAGCCGAGAGGGACAAAAAAUGAAAUCAACUUCCGCUACUUUCAAACCACAACCCACCAUUAAAAAUGGGUGUGAAGCUCGGUUGACAGCUUGUUCGGAUAUUACGGGGACGUGGAAAAUUACAGGUGUCCAUCUCGAGCAUAAUCAUGCUAUAAGUCCCUCUAAAUCAAGAUUAUAUCGUUGCCAUCGUAUGGUUUACUGUGAGAUUAUAUCCAAAGAGGAUGGAUGUGAGAAAUUCUUACGGGGACAUGAAUACAUGGUUCAGGAGGAUGUUAUUUGCAAUGGAAAAAAAUAUAAGAAAUUCUACAUUGUUCAAACUCAAAAGGAAUCAGGAAACUUUGUUUGUAGUUGUCAUUUAUUUGAGUUUCGAGGGAUAAUUUGCAAACAUGCUAUCACAGUUUUGAUUCGCAAUGAUGUGACGUCCGUUCCUGACAUGUAUAUGUUGAGGAGGUGGAGAAGAGAUGUGUGUAGAUCAUACCAAAGGGUGAAGAUCAACUAUGAUGGUUGGAUCUCGACACCUGAUCAAUUACGAUAUGAUAAUUUGUGUCGUGCUUUUGCAGUGGUGGCCGACAAGGUGGCGAAUGAUGAUGUGAGAGCAAGUAAGCUUAUGGAGUGGAUCGGAUCUGUAUCUAAUGAUUUGGAUUUAAUGAAUAUGGAUCAAAGAAGUGAAGAAAAAUCUAAUUUGGACCAAAGUAUUUUGGUAGAUUCUGUUAAUAGAGGAGUGGAUACAAUUUUGGGACCAAAAAUUUCUGAUCCAAAUCACGUGAAAAGAAAAGGAGCUCCCCGAAAAUUACGUCAAAAAGGGGCACUAGAAAAGAUUUCUAAGAAAUUAAAGGUCUCGUCAAAACAAAAAAAUAUGGCAUCCUCUAAACCACAUGAAAGUGCCACAUAUGUUCAACCAAUGUACUUGAAACUUAUGCCGUCUCCCAGUGAUGUUCUUGUGGAC